AUGGCUGCUGUAACUGCUAAACAAGUGCUAUGGUAUAUUCCCAACCAAAUUGGCUACAUGCGGGUCCUAACAGCCGUCGGUUCUUUAUUUUUGAUGUCUAAACACCCUAAAUGGACUACGCUGAUUUACGGUGUAUCGUGUUUAUUGGAUGCGUUAGAUGGGACCAUGGCCCGUAAAUACAAUCAAACUAGUGGAUUUGGCGCAGUUCUAGAUAUGGUCACGGACCGUUCCACGACGAGCUCGCUGAUUUGCUUUUUAUGUGUCCUUUACCCAAGUUGGGCGCCCCUUUUCCAAUUACUCGUGUCGCUAGACCUAUCAAGUCACUACAUGCACAUGUAUGCAACGCUAAGCAGCGGAGGAGCCUCGCAUAAGAAAAUCGAAAAAGAGCAAUGGCUGUUGAAUUUGUACUACAGUCGUCGCUCAGUACUUUUCACGAUUUGCGCAUUCAACGAAUUAUUCUACCUUGGACUUUACUUGUAUGGAUUUCCACAACUGGCGCACUUCCAAGUGCUAGGGUUGGGGUCCGUGCAUAUCGGUGGCUUCAUAGCUUUGGUAUGUUUGCCAGGUUAUGUUUUUAAGCAAAUUGCGAAUAUUGUUCAAUUGAACAGAGCAGCCAUGAUGCUGGCCACAAAGGACGCACAAGAUGCCAGCGCACGUCAACGUAUGCAGUAG